AGGAGGAGCUGAAGAAAAUCAGAGAGGAGUCCAACGUGGAUUCUCUGAAGCAGGAGCUGGAGAAGGAGCGGCUCAGACGGAUGGAGCUGGAGCAGAAGAUCAACGAAGUUGUGAAAUCAGGGCUUGAAGACUCCCCAUCUCAGACGCCUAAAGCUCUGCCCCCUCCUCCAUCUCCAGCCGCUGCUACAGACAAACAGAAAGAAACCCUGUCCAACAGCUUCCUGAAAUGGAUCUAUGAACGUUUUGGACUUUCCGUAGAGGACUUUUGCUUCCAGCCAGAGGAAACGACGGUGGAGACAGAGGAGCCGCUGAGUGCCAGGAGGUUGACAGAAAACAUGAGACGGCUCAAAAGAGGUUUCAGACCAGUGACCAACUUCAUGAGAAACCUCUCGGCCUUAUCCAGCUGGUACUCCGUCUACACGUCCGCCAUCGCCUUCAUUGUUUAUAUGUACGCAGCAUGGCGUGGUUGGGCCAUCCCCAUGUUCCUGUUGCUGGCCAUCCUCCGCCUCUCAUUGAAUUACCUCAUCUCCAGAGGCUGGAGGAUCCAGUGGAGCAUCGUACCUGAAGUGUCUGAGACACUGGAGCCUCCAAAAGAAGACCUGACGGUGUCGGAGAAGUUCCAGCUGGUCCUAGACGUUGCUCAGAGGGCUCAGAAUCUGUUUGGAAAGAUGGCCAACGUUCUUGAGAAAAUCAAAAAUCUGUUCAUGUGGGUCAAGCCUGAGCUGACUCAGAAGCUGUACGUUGGACUGUGGGUGGCCUUCAUCUCCUCCUGCCUGCUGCCCUAUCAGCUGCUGGGCUUCUUCAUAGGCGUGUACGCUGGGAUCAAGUUCUUCAUCAUCGACUUCAUCUUUAAGAGCUGUCCCAAGCUGAGGCGGCGCUACGACACGCCUUACAUCAUCUGGACCAACCUACCCACGGACCUGCAGCUGAAGGAGCGCAGCAACCCCACGCUGAGCAGACGGGUUCACACGUCCGGGGUUCGAAGUAACGUCUCGGCAGCAGCUCCUCUGGGUGCCGGCCGAGACGAGGACGGAGGACGGCACUACAGCACCAGGAGAGGACCUUUCCACGAGGUCUUCAGCCUGCCGGAGAGCGAGCGGCCUCUGCCAGUUUGUGAGAACGGCUGGCGCUGCUGUCUGAUCAACAGAGACAGGAAGACACCGACGGACUACAUCCGCAACGGAGUCCUUUACGUGACGGAGAAUAACCUUUGUUUCGAGAGCUCCAGCUCCAGGUCUGGAUCAACAAAAAGAAAUAAAGUCAUCAAACUGCUGGACAUCACUGAAAUUCAGAAGUACAAAGUUCUGUCUGUGCUGCCAGGGUCAGGGAUGGGGAUCUCUGUAGCAACACCGUCCACCCAGAAGCCGAUGAUUUUUGGCGCGAUGAUCCACAGAGACGAGGCAUUCGACGCCAUCCUCUCCCAGUACACUAAGGUUGUUGAGGCCAAGGCCACGCCCCCUGCGUCAUGAGCAGUAGAUGACGUCAGACGAUGCGUCCUACAGUGUUUACUGCCAACAGGCUGGUUUCUAUAGUUGUUUACAGCAGAUAACAGGCGUUCCUGUUCUUCCUGAUGGGGAGUGGUUGUUGUUUGUUCUCCAUCGUGGUCGAGUCCGUUUGUGCUGGUUUUUUAUUCAGCCUUGCACGCCAUCAGUAGGUGGUCGCCUUAACACAGAAACUGAAACUUUUUUUUUCUUCGAACAGUUGCUGUCUUCACUUUGAGCUGCUGGUCUGCUCUCGUUUAACUUCCUGAAGUCAAACGAUUCAGUGACGAGACGUCGUGGAUUAUUUUAAAAUAAUAAUCUGUGAGAAUCAGACGAUAAACGUCUUGAACAGUUUUAAUGACGAGUCCUGAAAACCUGUUCUGGAAACCCAAACAGAUAUCCAAACAAAAAUAUCUUGGAGGUUGUUUUUUUUUUUUGUACAAAGAACUGAUCAAAUGUAAACUAAAAGCUACACUGUUUUAAGUUAGUAUUUUAUUCCUAGCCAGUGUUAGAUGGGCUGUAAAGGAAGAACUGGAAAAACUCAAAGUUUGCUGAGUUGAAAGACUUCCUGCAGAUUCAUGUUUAGACAUUCCUACAGAGCAGAGACAGUUGGGCAUCGCCUCUGACGUUAGUUCACAUAGAUACAGCUGUUCACCAAUAAAACCAGCAUCACUGAGUUAGUUGGAGGUGAGUUCGAAACCCGAGGAAUGUGGGAAAAUCUGCACAUUUCCAUUUAACGGGUUUGCUCAAACUGCUGCAUAGUUUGGGUGUAAACCUCCUGUUAGUCAGCUAAAGAUUACACAGAGCUAACUAA